AUGAGACCGAACGGGUCUCUCGAUGCUCCCAUCGUUCUGGACGAUGAUGAAACGCCUGGCCAUGUACCUGCAACCACGGUACGGAGGCGGAAUCGCCAGACACUUGAACAAGAUGGCAUUGAAGAGGUGCCCAAAGAACAGCAAGCUGCAGCUGCAUGGAAACUAGCUGCCGCAAGGAGACAGGCGAAACAAAGAAGCACAAGGAACCUGAGUAAUGACGUGUCUGAGCAAUAUGGCAAUGCAAGAGACAGCAAUCUUGCAAAACAAGCGAGGGAACGGACGUCGUCUGCAAAGUCUGUUGAUAUCGUUGGCCUUGUGAUCAAUGAAGCCGAAGCGGCAGCAUCAGGACAAACAACACAACGAGGGGCAAAUGCCGGAGAUAGACAGCCUACAGUUAACGCAGCACGGCCUUCUAUACCACAACAUGAUACACAUCACGAAGCCGUACUUCCCCAGCGAGCCAAGCCCCCCGAGCCCACCCAACUAGCGAGUCUGGAGUCUGCCGAUGCCAUGGACUCUUCAGCAAGCCCGGCCUGUCGCCCACCCUACCUGCCUCCAUCGAUAAUUGCAAGAAGGCUGGAACUAGGUGUGGACCUUCCCGAUUUUCUGAAGCCUUAUUCCUGGCCAUCGGAAGUACCGACAGCAACGACAGACUCAAGCGCCAAGGCACAUGCAGUGCCGGAACGCAAUAAUCAUCUCAAUUCACCCGAAUAUCGUACAACGUCAGUCCUCGCAACCUCGAAUAAGCCUACUGCGCCAGUUUUGAGCCAUGCUGUACCUCCACCCAUACAGCCAAUCAGGGAUGUUGCCGGCAAUCACCGAGAACGGACCACUCCCAGUCGCGUAAACACAGCUUUUGAGCGCGACGACGCAGGAGUAGACAGCAACGACAACAAUAUGGCAAUCCCGUUGCCUACGAAAGCGCAAAGACCGAACGUUCCACCAAUUCCAAGACUGCCACGGACCAAGAAAGCCAUCAAGUCGGUACCGCUAAAAUCGAGGAAUAAUGGAUUCUCAAAAUCAGGUCUCCCCGUCAGACCGCCGCAUCAGCUCCCAGGUAACGAGCAGGAUGUGCCAAGUGUUUUCCCGGAGCGUCUCGACGCAGGCUUGAGUAACAUAAAAUCCGUGUCGCCCGUGAUUAUGCAUCGUAGCCAAAGCAAGGAUCCAUCAGUUGACACCAACAACAUCGCCAGUAUCAAAUCUUUUCAGGCUGAGAAGCCUGAAGAAUGCGAUACAACGCCAAAUCAGCCGACGCUACCACAUCACCAGGAGGUAGGAGAAGCUGUCCCGGAACGCGCUGUUAGCACUACGGCUCUACUGUCUCGUCCCGCAACCCCUACUGUACAGCACUCAGUUCGGACAUCAGUAGAACAUACUCAAGCCUUGGAACUGCCACGACCAUUAACAGACACUACGGCGGCCGAAAUCGAAAUGGUGCAGAAUAAUGGAGUACAACCUGAAAACCCUGGAUUGCCUGAUGGGUACAAUGGUGGUCAAGCAAGUACGGUUCUUUCAUUACAGGCGGACGUGCUCAUCACUACUCGUUCAGCUAUAGAAGAGUGUUUGAAACAUCAUAUCGCGAAACGACAUGAAUCACAUGCAUAUCUGGUCUGGGCUAAGAUGUGGCGUCAAAGGACUUUUCAAGAGCGGGAGCUGCGUGCUCGAGGCCGUAAGCAAAAGCGUCCAUCACACUCUACUUUGCCGGAGAGAUAUGUACAAGAGACUUCCCCUUUCAAGAACAUGUCUCCGAUACAGGUGCCCUUCGACCGGAGCGUCAGCACCAAACGCAUGCUAGAUAUGACCCAGGAAGUAUUCGUUAAGGCCAAGCCAAAAGACGUAGUUAUCAAAUCAGGCUUGGCUGCGCUUACAACGAAAUACAAGAGUGAUGCGCCUAUGAUCCCUCCUUUCAAAGAGUAUGUUAGUUUAAGGAACAACAUACUUGCCGACAAUGAGUCGAAGUUACUCGCAACACCCUACUUCCAAGACGAAGAUUAUUCUGGUCGCGAAGUUUUGCUGGAUACGCUUCCAUAUAUCUACGAGAUGAUACAUGAUGAGAACGGCCCACUAGACUUUCGCAAGGAACAGUGUCGGUUCUACAAAGACGCCAUCGAAGCGUUCCUGUCUGAGACAGGCAUCUCAUGGAAUGUCAUUUUGUAUUGGCUGCUAGCACCAGAACGAAACAUCAUUCGAAUCAACGAUUCUAUGCCUGGCAGUAGACAAUUCGAAGCAUAUCUGCUCGAGCGAUCACGAUAUCAUGUUGAGGAGUUCGAGCGAGAUGGAGAACCAAAGAAAAAUAUUUUGUUCAACCGAAAUGACAAGAAAUGGCGAGAGUUCCUUCCCCAGCUCAAAGAGCCUAGUACAAGUGCUCUGAGGCUUGCAGCAACGGCUUGUGAAGCGGUUCUCCAACAGUGCGAGUUUAGCAUUUGGUACCUUGCUCAACAAUCGGAAGCUGUCCAAAAUCACGUAGCGAAGAAGACUGCGCGUGGACAAGCUACCAAGCAAUUUACAUAUAGGGAGAUCAUGUGUAGGGUUUGCCAUCAACACAACUGUCUUCUUCAUGGUGAGGUUAGACAAGCACCCGAGGACUCCUGGAAGACAGACUCCGAGGAUGAAGAUCGCGCCACACAAGCGACUGAUGAUACCAGUCGUCGAGGGUCUGAAACCAAAAGGACUCCGCGCCGUAUAUCGACUUAUGGUGGAGACGACACGGAGGACGAACACGAACCUGAGGGUCCCUUGCCUGCACACUUCGAUGACGAUUCCGAUAUUGAGAAGGUCAUCAAUUACAAGUUGCCUGCAAAUCCAGAUGCCUUCGAUACUUGUCCUGAUUCAGAGAUGAUCACUUCUAAAGGUGCGAAACCGCCACCCGGUAAAUUCAAUACCAACUGGUGGUUACAGCAAGAUAUGACGCAGCACUGGGAGAAGCGGAAGCCGUUUUUCCCGUGCAAACAUGAAGGCACUUGCGAGAAUGCAAAAUGCCGGUGCUUCAGGGAAGGCAUCAAUUGUGAGAAGACAUGCAAAUGUUCGCAGUCAUGCAACAGACGCUUCCCUGGUUGCAGUUGCGCAACAGGACCAGGAAAACGCCCCUGCCUUACCGUCUCAUGCCUCUGCGUCAAAUUCAACCGAGAGUGCGAUGCGGAUCUUUGUGGCUCUUGUGGAUCAUCCGAAGUUCUCGAUCCGGUGAACCGGUACAAUGACGUCGUGGUCGAACGCAAUUGUUGCAAUGUUGCAAUUCAGAGAGGUGUUCCUCGGAAGACAUUGCUCGGUCACUCCGAAGUGCACGGCUUUGGACUAUAUAUGGGCGAAGACAUCAAGAGCGGCGAGUAUAUUGGCGAAUAUACUGGUGAAGCCAUCUCUAUCAAGGAAGGGGAUCGCCGAGUGACAAUAUACGACUACCAGAAGACCAUGUACCUGUUUCGGUUGAACUCCAAGCAAGAAGUCGAUGCCACAUACAUGGGUAACAAACUGCGCUUCAUCAACAAUGCUGACGAUAAGUAUACGAACUGCGGUCCCAAGAACCUGCUUUGUAACACAGUUUUUCGCAUUGCUCUUUUCGCCACUAGGGACAUGAAAGCAGGCACAGAGCUGUACUUUAAUUACAACUAUCCCAAGGAGAAGACGGCGCAGUUCAAGCAGCCGAAUGCGAAGAUCGUCGCAGUCAAACAAACGAAACCGAAGACAAAGAAAAGAGAGUCACUUACCAGUAGUCAGCCCAUCGAGGACCGCUCACGUAUCCUCGCCGCCACAGCAAAAGCCAGAGCAGCGAAAGCAGCCAAGCGAGCAGCAGCACAAGCUAUGUUGGAAGCUGGAGAUGUGCAGACUGCUACGAGAAGGCGUUCUGGAACACUCAAAGCUCGAAAGGCAGCUACCAGCGAGCCUGGCGUUAAGAGAGUCAGGAAGCCCACACGUAAAGCGCUCAGUAGGAAUGAGUCCACAAACACAGAUACAGACACUGGCGUGGAUGCGCAAGCAGAAGCAAGCGACCCCGAAAUCCCUCUCGUCACCGAGUCGCAGAGUACUCAGACUAGCCAGUAUAUCCAGGACACUGACGAGGAAGGCGACGAGUACAUCUUGCCAAAUACGCAUGAGGAUGAGGAAGAAGAGGUGGUUGCUGAGCCAGUCUCCAACAACGAUGAUACGGUUGUCCCAGACGCAGGCAGAUCGACGAGAUCUCGUCGUGGGCCUGGUAGACCACGGAAGAGGGGAUCAGAUGUGGUGCCGGUGGUUGCAGUGAAGAGCAAGAAGACGAAGGCGAAGAUGGGUGGUGCACGACCGGGUGCUGGUAGGAAGAGAAAGCGACCUAUCAUUGCUAAUAGCGAUGAUGAGUGA